AUGGACCUUGAAAAGAAAGCCGGCGUGGACCCGGAAAAGGAUGAGAGCGGCAGUGCCAUCGUCAACGAUGCCGAUGCUGGCAGCAUCGGCGAGACGGCGCAUGUCAUUGACCAUGUCGCCGAGCGAAAGCUGUGCUUCAAGUUCGACAUUCGGCUCAUGCCCGUGUUAGCCGUCAUGUACCUCUUCAACGCGCUCGACAAGGGUAACCUUGGAAAUGCCGAGACGGCAGGACUCAGCGAUGACCUCAACUUCAAGUCGGGUCAGUACAACCUGAUUGUCAGCAUCUUCUUCGUCCCAUACGUCCUCUUUGCCAUGCCCGUCGCCGUCCUGGGGAAGCGGUUCGGCCCGGCGCGAGUGCUGCCUAUCCUCAUGUUCACCUUCGGAUCAAUGACGCUUCUGUCGGCCGCGGUGCACAACUUUGGCGGACUCUUCGCCCUCCGCUGGAUCCUGGGAAUGGCCGAGUCGGGUUUCUUCCCGCUCGUCAUCUACUACCUGACCACUUUCUACCGCCGUGGCGAGCUGGCUCGUAGGCUGGCCAUCUUCUACGCCGCCUCCAACAUUGCCAAUGCCUUUAGCGGUCUGUUGGCGUUUGGCGUCUUCCGGAUCAAGUCCGACCUCCUCCCGUGGCGUUACCUCUUCAUCAUCGAGGGUUCCGCCUCGGUCCUCUUCUCCGUCUUUGCGUACUGGUACCUGCCCCGUAGCGCGGCCGAGGCCAAGUUCCUGGACGAGGAGGAGAAGGCGCUCGCUUACCACCGGAUGCAGACGGACUCUUCGUCCGUCGUGUCGGAAAAGUUCAACCUACGCGACUCGAUGGCCAUCUUCAAGUACCCGUCGACGUACAUGUUCCUGCUCAUCGAGAUAUGCCUGGGCGUGCCGCUGCAGUCGGUCAACCUGUUCAUGCCGCAGAUCAUCACGCGCCUGGGCUACAGCACCGUCAAGACGAACCUGUACACGGUGGCGCCCAACGUGACCGGGGCGGCCAUGCUGCUGGUUCUGGCCUUUGCGUCCGACUUUUCGCGCCUGCGCUUCCCCUUCAUCAUGCUGGGCUUCGCCUUCACCUUCAUCGGCUUCAUCAUCUACGCGUCCAUCUCCGACGUCCAGGCCCAGCUCCAGCUCGCCUACUACGCCUGCUUCAUGAUGUGCUGGGGCACCUCGGCGCCCUCGGUCCUCCUGUCCACCUGGUACAACAACAACAUCGCCCACGAGGGCCGCCGAGUCGUCCUCACCUCGGUCGGCGUGCCCUUCGCCAACAUCAUGGGCCUUGUCUCCAGCAACAUCUUCCGCCAGAACGAGGCCCCCAAGUACGAGACCGCCCUCAUCACCACCGCCACCUUUGGCGCUUGCGGAUGCCUCAUCGCCGGCCUCCUCGGCUCCUUCAUGAUCUUUGACAACUACCGAAGGAACCGCCGCGAUGGACAGAAGAAGACGGCCAAAGACGUGCCCACCAGGCUGCUGCGCGAGGGGCCUUCCACGCCGGAAUUCCGAUGGUUUCUAUAG